UUGUGUUGCGCCUUCGUCAAAGUCGAUACGAUGUUUGUGGGAAUUGUCAUUUUAGUGCUGAAUAUUUUCCGAAGUGUAUCAGCCGAUACAUGGCACAGACUUGAUGAUGCUCUUUAUUUAGUGGAUAACACCUCACGGUUAAAUUAUGAUGAGGCUCACGCUUACUGCUUAACACGCGGAGCGAAUCUCACUAGGAUCGACUCGGACAAAAUUCAGUCUUUUCUGACGACUUUCAUCAGUCCACCCCUCACGACAGAGCGAUUUUUUUGGAUUGGUUGCCAUGACAGAGAGGUCGAAGGUCAAUUCAAGUGGCUCGAUGGAACCCAAGUUCGAUAUGAUGGAUGGGCUCUAGACGAGCCGAACGAUGGAGGACCAGGAAGGACCCAAAACUGUGCUUGUCUGUGGUCAUCCCAGAAUCCAAACAGACAUGGAAGAUGGGAUGAUAACAGUUGUGGAGCUCUUCUACGCUUGAUUUGCCAGAAAGGAGUUUAUAAUUUCAUACUGACGAGUUCUCGAAGCAACCCGGGGUCGGCUUAUGUUUCUUGCGCUGUCGAUGUUGUCCUGGACGAUACAACACUGUCUCCCGUUGACGUCUGGGUGUCGGUCGGUAGAAAUCUUUUAUCUGCAAGAUCGAUUCCCUACUCGUCGACAAAUGUCAACGGUGGAUUACGUAACAACAGUUUCGUGAUAGACAACAUUGAGGAUGAUGAUCAGAUCUUCUGCCAUGUUGGUGAAUUGGCAAGGACAGAGAGAUCGUUCUCAAGAAUUGAUUUUAGCCCGAUUAAUUUUUACGCUUUGCCUGGGCUGACAUCUGGACCAACGGUGGAAGACAUCAGUUCAACCUUCGUCACUGUCUCCUGGAGUUCUUGGAUACCGUGUCUUGAUACCGGCGAAGGGCCAGUAGUCAGUUACUUGGUCUACCUACAGACGAUGGAUGGAGAAUGGGUAGAGGGUGGUGGAAUCGACUCGGAUGUGGGAGAGGGCGAUCUUCAACGAAGAAUGGAGUUUGUAUUGACUGGGUUGGAACCAGGAAAUGAGUACAAUAUCAGCGUGUCUGCCGCCAGAGAAGGCGUGGGUGGAGAGGGUUCGAAGAGUCCACUUGUGUCUGUUACGACGACUAGCAUUGAAAGCAGUGGUGGUUGUGGAGCCUUGGGGAAAAGCAAUCUGAUUUGGAUUCUCUUUGGGGUGUCAUUAGCGGGAAAUGUCCUUUUAUUGGUAGUCAUCGCGAUAAAAUGCAGGAGACAGAGGAAGCAGCAGCAGAAGAAGAGUCUACCAAAUGUACGUGGUGCUCUAUCAGAAUGUGAUCCAAAUGAUCAACAAUACGAAGUCUCCCUGGCCGUUGGAGACGGGAAUGACCACAUCUAUGAAGGUCUCAAGAGAACAGAAAGCAGCAUAAACAACGAAUCGUCUUACUUGAGCAUUGAUAAUACAGACAAAGUCGAAUAUGUAAAUACGAACAUUUAACAUCAAGGUGCUAACAUGAGAUGGAGUCUAUUCGACGUCCAGUACUUAUAUUUCAUUCUACGUAGAACACGAUGAAAAGACUUCCGAACAAAAUCAACCCAAGGCAAAUUCAGUAGCCUUGCCCAUCACCCAUUGAAGUGUGCGAUAAUAGAUAAGGACGUCUAACGUAAUCUAAACAUGAUUUAUUUUGGAUAUACAUCAGGUUAUUGAAAUUGCUGUUGAGUUGAUUUAUCGAAAGUCUUUGCGAUCGGAUUAAGGACAAGUCCAAGCUGUCCUAGAGGUGUUGUGGUCCAGUGGAUACAAAUCCGGACUGUGAAUCACAAGGUACAGAUUUCGAAUUAAUCUACAUUAAUAUACAUUUGACACACUCCACCUAGGUGAGAUAAAUAGGUAUACCUAGCAUGAAUUAAUUCCUUUAUGGCUCGAGUGCUUUAACUGCAGCCUUGCAUAAAGUGACUCGGUAACAUUGAUGAAGAUUGAUGAAAAAAGUGCGUAAUUUUUUUAUGAAAUAUUAUUUAUUUUAUUCUUUCCAUUAGGGGUAACGAAAUGUCUUGUUCGGUCUGUAGUCGGUCUGGUGUCGGUCUCCUUGGUGUGACUGAGGUAUUACAUCUAAGAUUUUAGUUUAUCUUAUCGUAGUAUAUUAAGCUAAUUGCCAAUAUAGCUUUGAUCAGACCAAAAAUGUGGUGACAUGACGUAUCUGAUUUAUGUUUAUAACUCCACAAUGCGUGGUAACCUAAGUGACACACCAUCACCCAAUAGCUUGUACUUGACUAUGAUAUGCUUAUAUUUUUUUUUUCUUCAAUUAUUUUACUCGGUGAAUAGCUACGAUGUAUUCAAGACUAUGUAUAUAUUUUAUUUUAAACCAGAUUUUUCGUAUUUUUGUCAUGCCGUGGCACAUCACGAUCUGUUUUCAUAACCACGUUCAAUGCAUCCAGUUUGAAACAGAGAAUCCGAAGGUGCACUAUGUUUUAAAGAAAGAUUUGCAGUUCAGUACUUGUGUCGAAGAUUUUACUUAGGUUAGGCUAUAAUUGUUUCCUAUAGACCCUUUCUAUAUUUUUUUUACAGUCUUGAAAUCUCGAAACAAAGGGAAAUAAAAUUUCUUCAUGAUUUUUUUUAAUGAAUGCGCUUGAUAAUAAUAUCAUGCAACAUGAUUAUUUAACUAGAUUCGCCAAAGGUGAUUUCAUGACCUUUUUCAAUCGUUUUUUUACUCUACGUUUGUUUUGACGGCUUAGAUUCCUUCGGAUGUCACUUUGUACGUCAUGUUUAUUUUCAUGUUUUAUCAAUUUUUUCUCUUGAUAUCAUACACGAUAUGCUGGAAGGUGUCGUUCAGUAUAAACUGCAAUUAGUACUUGAGCAUUUCAAUUUUGACAGGCAACCACCACUCUUGUCUCUGGAUGUCUUGAAUCAGAGAGUUGCCAGUCAUUGUAGGAACAUUGCGGACAACAAAAACAAACCAUUUUAUGUUAAACUACGAACAGCUAGUAAUAAUGUAGGUCAGAAGGUAAUGCAAGCUUGGUGCCUGAUAAGAAACCUCCCAUUCAUUAUUGGUCAUGAUAUCGAGGAAGGAAACGAGUAUUUGGAACUGUUACUGAAAUUGCAAGAUUGUAUGGACAUCAUUUUCUCUCAUUAGUUAACAGCAGGUCUAAUAGCUCAGCUGCGUAUUCUCAUUGAUGAUCAUCACUGGCACUUUCAAACAAUAUUUCCAGACAGACGGCUUCUGCCAAAGCAUCACUUCAUGGUGCAUUACCCUACUUGUUUGCAAGAGGUAGAACCCCUCUUUAACAUGUGUGGUGUAUGAGAUAUGAAGCAACACAUCACUAUUUUUGCCGUGUUGCAGAAUCUGUCCGUAAUAAUACAAAUAUAUGUAAAUCUCUUGCAAAAAGGCACCAAACCGCACAUACAUUCCACCUGAAAUUCAAUCAGCCUCUUGAAUCUCUUGAAGGAGGACGUGGUAGCUCCAUUCUUUUGUCAGAUAUUGAUAUUGGACACUUUAUGAAAGAGAAAAUCCUUGCAGUUGAACUCUUCACUGAAGUGAUUGAAGCAUAUUGGGUAAACGUUUGUGGAACACAUUAUCAACGAUCUCUAUUGGUCUGUCAUGUCAGCGAGUUACUCCUGUUUGGCCAAAUACAGCACAUUAUUGUGUAUGAUACCAAUGGGUUUUUUAACUUCAAUUGUGGGAUACAUUUUAUUACACAUCACAUUACCAUGCAUAUUCAGUCGUAAUGAAUUAUCUACCUAGCUAUAUUGUUACAAAUCAAAGGAUCUUGUCGAUUUUAAACAUCACGAUUUAAUGACAACCUUUUCGAAGACAGACAAUGGAAAGUAUGUGGCACCAAGAAAUGUUCUGUUCCAGUAAGUCUGAACCUUCCUUUUAUUGCUAUAGGUGAAACCAAGCCUUUUCUUUCAUGAAAAAUUAAAAGGAUAUAAUUUAUCACAAGCUUGUAUGAAAUCCGGCUAUCGGUGUUGUACAGCAAGAUAAUCUCUAUUGACAGAAAUACAGCAGUUCUGGAUUACACAUGAAACAGUUUCAUUUUGAUAAAUGUGAAUUUAAAUGUAUUGUUUUUCAGGGGAAGGAUUUGUGAUGACUGUGCAUGAAAACCAACAAUUUGGAGAUACACAGCUCGGUGAUUUUCUUUCCUUUCCUGGAACAAAGUACACUUGAGAAUUCCAAAAUGAUGUUGCCAUGGUUUUAUCAUUUGUUCUCUUGGAAAGUGGUGUUGACGUUCUCAAAUGUUUUGUCAGUUAUUGAUGUUUUUAUUAAAUGCCAUUGAUGCAUUUUUCAUGUGUUCAGAUAUGUGUUGGUAUGUAUAAAACGAAAAUAAUGCAAAUUUGUUAAAUGCCUGAAAGUAGUGUAUAUUUACUACAAUAUAAGAUAAGAAGACUUUUGUUUUUUCACCCCUCAUAGAAGGAGCUAUUUCUAGAUGACAGUUUAAUCCUUGUAGGUUGGCAGCCAGUGCUUAGCAAUAAUAAAUGUUAUGGUUUGCUAAAGUUUGGUCUUAUGUGAUGAACAUUUCUGGCACAUUGUUUUCACCCUCUUUUGAAUGAUGUAAAUGUUGUACAGACGUUAAUGUGUAGAGUUACAGGCAUUUUAUCAGCAGGUUAAUAUUUUACAAAUGCCAUGUAGGCUGAGUAAAUUUGCAUAAAUAAGAUGGAAUACUUCAGAAGGGGUUUAGAUGUGAAUUUAAAUGUAUUGUUUUCCUUGGGAAGGAUUUGUGAUGACUGUGCAUGAAAGCCAUCAAUUUGGAGAUGCACAGUUUGAUGUUUUUUUUUCCUCUCCUGGAAAAAAAUAAAUUUGAGAAUUCCAAAUAGA